AUGGGUACUAUCGUGUGUAAACAAGCUGACAAUGAGGUGUCGAAGCUCAUCGACGUUCAGAUCAAGAAGGAAGAAGUUGAGCAGCGGCGUAAGUUGAAAUUCUUGCUACUCGGCACUUCUGACUCAGGAAAAAGUACAAUUGUAAAGCAAAUGAGAAUCAUUCAUACCGAAGGAUUUAAUGAUACCGAGCGCAUCAGUGCAAUAUUCCAAAUUCGCUGGAACAUAGUGGAUGCCUUCAAACAAAUCAGCAAUUAUUUGCUCUCCGAAGACAGCGACAUCGAAAUUGAUGAAAGCGAAAAGAAAAUCCUUUUUCUUUUUGCUCAAAAUUCUUCGAGAAUUGAAGUGAUGACUGAAGUUGAUGAGAUCAAUGUGAUCAACACUGUUCGAUUUUACCCAAGUAUUCGAGAGUUUUUCCGCCGUUAUCGUGCUUUCGCUGGUGUCCCGGAUAACAUUUUUUACUUUUUCGGAGAGCUUCCACGCAUUUUGCUCCCGAACUACAUGCCAACCGAUGUUGACAUUGUGAAUAUGAGGGUAACGACUUUAGGAGUUCAUGAGAUCUGCUUCGACUAUCGUAAAUAUGUUAUUCGUCUUAUUGAUGUUGGCGGCCAACGUACUGAACGUCGCAAGUGGAUUCACUUCUUCGAAGGCGUCACCGCUGUGAUGUUUGUCGCUUCUUUGGCUUGCUUCGAUCAAUUUGUUGAGGAAGAACCGAAAUUUUCUUCUUGGGAGACGGUUCCAAAUAAGGUCGAGAACAGAAUUUUGGUUCGUGCGGUAUCAAAGAGCGAAGAUCGCCUUCCAAGAAUGAUCAACAAACUUACUGACAGCGUUGAGUUGUUUAAAUCGGUCAAACAGAACAACUUCCUUCAUAAAUCAUCAUUCAUGUUGUUUCUCAACAAAAAAGAUGUAUUGCAAGAGAAGCUGAGAACGACCGAGUUUUCAGAUUAUUUCAUGGGAUAUGAAAAUUGGCUCCAAAAUAACAAUGAGCCCAGCUCGGUAUGCGAGUACGUCGAGAGCCUUUUCCGAAAGGGUUGUGAUGAGAGUCAGACCAUCUAUUCUCAUUUCACUGUAGCCACAGACACUCAAAAUAUCGAGUAUGUCUUCAAUUCUGCUUGCGACAUUAUCUUCCAAAAGCUAGUCGAUGAGGUACUCCGCGACUUUGUUCGUGGACGCGGUAGACCCAUCGUUGAAAGAAUUCCGCUUGACAGCUUAGAUGAUGAGCCCGAACUUGGUGAAUCUUCCUCUCAUAUAGGAAUGAUUGACCUGACAAAUCCAAUGAUACCUCAAGGUGGUAUUUUAUCUAAGGACACUAUCACACUUCCUGCCAAGCCUCCUCAGCCUAUAACCCAAAUCAUUCGUCCCGUUUCAAAAAACAGAUCAACGCCUGAACCGCAAACUUCGAAGAAGGACUAUCAAAAAUUAGCGAACGUAAUACAGAUGUUUAUUGAUCGAAGGACUAGAAAAAUGAAAAGUGAUUUGCGAACGAAAUCUACCAAAAAGCCAAAGUCGAAAAAAAAGGAACCAAGAAAAACUACCUCAAGUCCAAGACGGCAGCUGCCUGUUGAAGUGAUCACCUCAUCGAGUGAACAGCGAGAUCAGCAAGUAACACUCGAUGUUGGAUCGAAAAACGGAAGCAAAUGGACACCGAUGCAGCGAUUUGCAGAACCGCCGCGAUCUCGAGAACAUGUGAGCGAUGAUCUCGAGGAAUCCGAAGAUCCAUAUGAAGCGAAAAUGAAAAAGUUGAGCGCAGAAUUGACAGCGAUUCUCAAAAAACUAGAGGAAUCUAAAAAUGAAAGACUACCUCAAGUACAUGUAUUAAGAAAUGGAUCCGCUGAGCAAACUUCCGAUGGGCAAUACAUUUUUAUCGCAAGUAUAACUUUAAUACAAGAUGGUGGAACCAAUAUACUUGUUGAUACCGGUCUUGGAACCGAUAUUAACUCAAGAACAAAUUUAUUGAAAAGGCUCGAAAAAUAUGACUUAUCUCCAGCUGAUAUUGAUAUCGUUGUUACAACGCAUGGACAUCCAGAUCAUACCGGUGGAAUUCACGAUUUUCCCGAUGCGACCCACUAUCAUAGUUGGUACUCGCAUCAACGUACUAAAUUUAAUCUGACUGCAUUGUUUGAGAAUGAUAGUUUAAGUCUAACUGAAAAUGUGAUGCUUGUGAAAGCGCGCGGUCACACAUCGGACGAUAUCGCAGCAAUUGUACGCGGUGCAAAAGAUUUUGGAGACGUUCUUGUCGCAGGUGAUCUGUUUAUGCGAAUGGAAGAUAUUGAUCAUCAUAUGAUGUGGCAGCCACUAUCAUCCGACAUAUUAGCUCAAAGAGAUUCACGAAGAAAGCGGCACGCAAUGGAGUUGUCAAUGGAAGAGCCCACUUGUGUUCUCAUAACUGGUGGUUGCGGUUUCAUCGGCUCAAACUUUAUCAAUUUCAUUUAUAACAAAUGGCGCAAUACCAAGAUUAUUAAUUAUGACAAACUCGCUUACGGUGCUUCUCCUUUCCAUGUUCUUGAGGAAAUUCGCGAAUCGGGACGUUACACUUUUGUCGAGGCCAAGUUGGAAGAUCAAGAAACGCUAGACAACACUCUCGAAUCGAAUAAAGUUGAUAUGGUCAUUCACUUCGCCGCCAUCACACAUGUCGACGAAUCCUACAGCGAUCGCAUUGGGACAAUUCAAGACAACAUUAUUUCUACCACUACACUUCUUGAAAGCAUUGUUAACCGUAGCUACAAAGGGGUCAAGAGACUCGUUCAUAUCAGCACAGAUGAGGUUUACGGAGACUCGUUCGGUGAUACCACCCCAAAAUCGGAAGAUGCUUCUCUUCCAAAUCCGACUAAUCCAUAUGCUGCUAGCAAAGCUGCUUGUGAAAUGAUUAUUAGAUCCUACUGGCAUUCUUACAAACUUCCAUACGUUAUGGUGCGAAUGAACAACGUCUAUGGACCACGACAAAUUCAUACCAAACUGAUUCCGAAAUUCACAAAAUUGGCUCUUGAUGGAAAACCAUAUCCUUUAAUGGGAGAUGGACUUCAUUCCAGAAGUUGGAUGUUUGUUGAAGACUGUUCGGAAGCCAUUUCUCGAGUUGCAAUCGAUGGAGAAUUAGGUCAAAUCUACAAUAUUGGAACCGAGUUUGAAAUGACCAAUAUUGAAUUGACCAAGAUGAUUCAUGCUACCGUUAACAAGCUCAUGAACAGAGAGCCAACCCCACCAACUUUCACUCCAAUUCCGGACCGUCCCUACCACGAUCGUCGUUAUUACAUCGAUUUCUCGAAAAUUCACAAAGCAAUGGGCUGGAAAUGCACAACUCCAUUCAGCAGCGGACUCUUACGCACCAUUGAAUACUAUGUCAAACAACAUUUGUCAGCGGCGCGUAUCCAAGGUUAA